AUGCCCAUCACUCCAGUAUCAAUUGCGCCUCCAAACCCUUCCACUCAACGUGGUCAAGCAUCCCACCUAGCCUACGAUGCCGUGAAUGACCGGUUGGCGUAUGCUAAUGGCAAAUCUGUCAUUGUACGACCUGCGGAUUUCAAAUCAAACUUCCCCAUAGUUGUUUUUAGCAAACACAUUCAUCCAGUUACUGCAGUCAAGUUCUCUCCAUCCGGGUUUUAUAUUGCAUCGGGUGACGCUUCGGGUCAAAUAAAGAUCUGGGAUUCAGCUCCAAAGAAGAGUAAGGAUGAUAAUGAUGUAUUCGAAGCACCGGUGAUAAAGAGCGAGUUUCAUAUCCUUUCGGGCCCGAUUAAAUCAAUUGCUUGGGAUGCCGAUAAUUCAAGAAUCAUAGCUGUUGGUCAAGGAAAAGAAAAGUUUGGUCAUGCAUUUACUUGGGACUCUGGAAACUCCAUUGGUGAUAUCCAGGGCCAUAGUUCCACCAUAAAUGCCGUCGACAUUAAACCCCAGCGUCCAUACCGAGCAGCCACCGUUGGAGAUGAUUUUGCAUUGGUUUUUUUCCAGGGACCUCCAUUCAAGUUUGACAAGAGUUUACGUGGCAACCAUUCAAAUGUGGCUAGGGAUGUCAAAUUUAGUCCCAAUGGAGAUCAUUUGGUUUCGGUAGGAUCAGAUAGGACGAUAUGUUUUUACCAAGGUAAAACAGGCGAAUUUGUUAAGAAAAUUGAACUGGCCCAUGACGGUGGGAUUUUUGCAGUGGCAUGGUUCCCCGACUCAGAACAUUUUGUUACUGCAUCUGUCGAUGGGUCAUUGAAGAAAUGGACCAAGGAAGGAAAAGAGGUUCAAAAGUACGAAGUUGAGAAAAAGCCCAGUGUGCUUAAUCAACAGGUUGGACUAGUUAUAGGAAAAGAAUAUAUUAUCUCGCUUAGUGUUAGCGGUGACUUGAACUAUUUCUCAAAUGAUGGUGUUGAAUUGAUUAAAGUAAUCAAGGGUCAUCAACAUCCAAUCACAAAAAUUGUCGUUGAGGGGUCAGAUUUAUUUAGUGGGAGCUCAGAUGGUGUAUUUUUGAAACAAGGCUUGAGUGAUUGCAACAUUCUUCCCGAGCCUCUUAAGUUUGGAACUGAACAUGAGCAGCACACCAACUAUUUGGUUGACAUUGUUACAGAUGAAGGAGUUCAGUAUACAGUGGGCUGGGAUGACUCUUUGAAAAAAUGGGAAACGGGAGCCGUUCAAAACUCAGUAAAAUUACCAGGGCAGCCUAAACAACUAUUGAAGAUCCCUUCUAGUGGCCUUGUUGUUUUGCUCGAAAAGAAAAUUCUUUUUUUCGAUAACGAUCUCAAGCUAUUGAAUGAACAAGACUUGUCAUUCUCAACUAGUUCAGCAACUAUAUUUGGCGAUAAUCUCUGGCUUACAAAUGUUUCUGCAAACACAAUUGUCGAAUACUCCAUUGCUUCAGACACCAAAAUUACACCCACCAACAAGCUGUUUCCAACAUUGAGAUCACCUCCUACUCUAGUCAAGGCUUCUCCAGAUGGAAAAUAUUUGGCCGUUGCUGAUUCAACUGGUAAGUACACUCUUUUUGACUCCGAGGGCAAGACAGUCACAACAAGAUGGGCAUUCCAUACAAGUAAGGUGUUUGAUGCUCAAUGGACCAAGGAUUCAAAGUAUCUCCUAAGUGCAGGGCUCGAUAGCGGUAUCAUCAUAUACUCAGUGGAGAAACCAUCUAAAGUUAUAAAGUUCCCAUUAGCACACUCCUCUGGAGUUUCUAGCUUGUCAUGGUAUGAAUAUGACCCGGAGAAAAAGACAGGCUCUUUUCUCAGUGGAGGGUUGGAUGCCACAAUAAAAAUGUGGAAUGUAGAACUUUAA